AUGACAACGCUAAUCGACAAAAACCUUGAUGGCAUCGCUUGGCUGAAGAGGAAUCUGUUGGCUGUGUUGUGCCCUGAAUUCUUGGAUUUCCGAAAACUGCCGUUGGAAGUGACGCACAACGCGAUCGGUGUGAUCAUCGCCGAUCUUCAUCGCCACAAAGGAGACCUGGCCGAUAUUUGGAACCGGGAUGCCGAGCCGGACGUGGAGAUCGAAUUCGAGGAAUUGAUGCAGCAGAUCAAAGCGGAUCGUCUCGAUCGGAGAUUCCUCCUAGCCGAUUGGGGAGCGCCAAAAGACGACUACACAUCGCUUUCCGAGGACGAGCGCAAGGUCUACUCCCAUGUUCUACGGCAUCUACGAAGGGAUGAAUUUGAAGAGUUCAGCGCUGAUCACAUGUUCCAUCUAGCCGCGUGGAGUUGGCGGGAAACGCUGCCGCUAGGCCACUUUGACCAGGCGCACCUCAUGUGGUCGCCGAACGUCUCCAAGAAUCGAGGAGGAAGCGAAAACAGCCGGAAGCGCAAAUCAACGCACGUCUGCCACGGGAAAAUGUUUCAAGCCCUGCCCGAAGAGGGCCUCGAGGACAGUGCCCCCUACUUGGGCCCAUCCGUACUUCCCGAGGGCGCCAAAUUCUACUGGGCCGACAAGAACCUUCGAGAAGACGUCCGGGCACGAUCCGCCGAUUCUGCACCACUUCUCAUUCGGCGGCUCGUUUUGAAAGGCCAAGAAAAGAUGAUCGCGGAAGCGUUCCUCUACGGACGGCACGGCGACGGCAACCAGUUCACCGUCGUCUCAGUCGGGAAACGUUCAAAAUCCUGCUGCGGCUGCCCCUGGGACAAAUGUGACACGUGGGAGAUUGCUGUCGAUGAGAAAACUGGAGAAUACGUCGAAUUCUACCCGAGAGAGGAUGAGGAUGAUGAAGAUGAUUUUUUGAACUCGCUGGAAGAAGAGGAAAUCGUUAGUAAUCAGGAACGAAAACCUGCUCGACCAGCACCACUCACAGAAAGCGACGUCGAAACCGAUUCCGAUAGCGAUUCGAACUCAAUAGAUGAUGUUAUAUUGAUUCCAACGACUGAAAAACGCGCCAAGCCACCAACACCGAUCGCAGAGAGCGACGUUGAAUCCGACUCCGACGAUGAUGUAUUCUACGAUGCAAUUGACGAUGAGAUCCAGAUCAAGAGAAUCCGGUUG